UCUAGCUACCCCAGGAACAGUCGUGAGUGUGAGGCUGAUAAAUCGUACCUCCUGUAUCAUACCUUUCUUUCUUUUCUAUGCUGCUUUUAUAGUUGUUUAAGAUCAGAGCAAGCACCUGUCAGUUGUUUUUUUCUGCCUUCUCACUCUCCUCUGGUUCCUUGUGCGAGAUGGAGCUAGAAAAUGAAAUUAUCAGCUCCUCCAGCAAUUCUUCAGCAGGCUCCAGGGAGUACAAGGUGGUGAUGCUGGGAGCUGGGGGAGUUGGCAAAAGCGCAAUGACCAUGCAGUUCAUAAGCCAUCGGUUUCCCGAUUAUCAUGAUCCUACCAUAGAGGAUGCUUAUAAAACUCAAGUACGAAUUGAUGAUGAACCGGCUUACUUGGACAUUCUAGACACUGCUGGACAGGCAGAAUUCACAGCCAUGAGGGACCAAUAUAUGCGAGGUGGAGAAGGCUUCAUUAUCUGCUACUCCAUCACAGACCGCCAAUCCUUUCAGGAAGCUGCAGAGUUUAAGGAGCUCAUUUAUCGUGUCCGGCACACUUAUGACAUCCCUUUGGUGCUGGUGGGAAACAAAAUAGAUCUUGAGGAGUUCAGGCAGGUCUCGACUGAAGAAGGUAUGAGUUUGGCAAGAGAGUAUUCGUGCUCCUUCUUUGAGACCUCAGCUGCCCUGCGCUUCUACAUUGAUGAUGUCUUUCAUGGACUGGUGCGGGAAAUUCGCAGGAAAGAGUCCUCACUGCCCCUGACAGAAAAGAAGAUGAAGAGGAAGGACAGUCUGUGGAGGAUGCUGAAAGGCUCUUUGAAGAAGAAAAAGGAAAGUACAUCCUGAUGGCACUUUCCCAUCGGCCACCUUUAGGGUAUGUCUACACUUGCCCCUAGUUUGAAGAAGGGAGGCAGAUGAAGCAUACCGAAGUUGCUAAUGAAGUGCCUGAUUUAAAUAUCCCACGCUUCAUUAGCAUAUUCACGGCUGGUCACCAUUUUAAAAAGCCGGUAGCCCAAAUUAACUCGCCGCGUGUAGACGCGGUAGUCCAAUCCAAAACCCUUCCCUCAAAUUAACUGUUACUCCUCAUUGCACUAGGGGGCAAGUGUAGACAUACCCUUAGGGAGUUGAUCACAGCCAUGUGUAGCAAUUCCUAAGGCAGCAUUUCCACAGCAUCUUCAGGGCCCAGUUCUGGAGUCCUUUCUUUGUUUUCAUUCAGUCCUUAUGCAGGAAUAACUUCUAUGAAGCUCAAUCUGUGCUUGCUCAUUGGGCCCUUUUAUGCCAAUAUAGCCAAAACAGAAGAUGCCACUUAGCAAUCAAUUACCCUCUGCCUCACACUUGGCACGAUAAGUCCUGUUGUGUAAGGACCAGAGGCCACAAAGAGAUCAUUUUUCCUUUCCCUGCAUGAUCCCCAGUACAAGGGGAAUUCAAGGUCAUCAAGGGUAUGAAAGAUUAUUUUAGGCAUGGAGCAGUUCUCCAAAGAGGAACGUGUUUUACACUUUCAUGUACCCACCAUACACACACCCAAACCAUACAUAAUUGGAAAACUCAUUCCAUGUAUCUUUGGAUGAAUAAUGAUGUGGAGCUAUCAAGUGGUGCAUUAAUUUGGCAGGUGAGAUGAAAUAAUGAUACCCCAAAUGAAAAAGUGUCAUGUUGUUCAUAGUUACUGAAACAUAAAUAUGAGUUUUUACUGUUUCAGUUAAUUUCUACAUCUUAAUGUGGUGUUUAUUGUUCAUAGCUACCAAACAACAAUCUAUUAAAAUAUUAUUCCUGGUUUCAUUGGACAAGUAUUAUUUUUAGACAUUAUUAAAAUAAUUCAGCAUGUGGGAAAAAUGCCACAUAUCAACACAUUGCAAUCAAUUCACAUAAAAUAUUUUCACAUCCCAGAUUCUUAAUUGUCAAAUUAUCUCACAGGUUAUUAUAAUACUUGUCAAUAUUUUCAGUUGAAAUUAGCAAUCUGAUCUAUCUCGUAGAAGGUUGUGCACUAGAACCCAUAGAUUGCCAAUAAUGUGUCCUGCCUAUUGGGUAGACAGAAAUGUAUGUGCGACGAGGAGUCCUGUGGCACCUUAUAGACUAACUGAAGUGUAGGAGCAUAAGCUUUCGUGGGCAAAGACCCACUUCAUCAGAUGCAUGUCUUUGCCCACGAAAGCUUAUGCGCCAACACUUCCGUUAGUCUAUAAGGUGCCACAGGACUCCUCGUCGCUUUUGCAGAUUCAGACUAACACGGCUACCCCUCUGAGAAAUGUAUGUGAAUUCCUAGUGUAAUGCUUCUCCAUUUGUAAGCUUUUGUCAUACAAAGUAGCAUCUCACCUGCCUAGUAGGUUUUCAUUUGUAAUGGUCUAUGUGUGCAAUAUUAGUCUUUGAAAUAGUCUAGAAAUGAGUGUUUAAAUUCAGUGAUUUAUGCUCAGGCUGGUAUUAGUGCUCAAUCAACAACAAAAAAAUGGAAAUUUUCAUAUUAACAUAUAGCUCCAAUUUAUAUCUAAUUUAGCACAAAUAUGUAUAUUUGUACAAAUGAAACAAAAAUAUGUUAAUGGUGGUGGUAAUGGUAAGAAUAUCAGUUUAGAAUUUUACCUCUACAGGGGAACUUCAGUAUGUGAAGACAUGGAGGAUUCAUGCCCCUUAAAGUUUACAAAAAAGAAAAAGACUCACCACAAACUUUUAAAAAUGUGUCACUUGUCCAAAAAAAAAAAAAAAAAUCCAAGGGAUGCAAAACUGUCAAAAGCCACCAGUGUGGGACAGAAUUCUGUGAUACUGGCAGCAGAAAGCAGGAGAGAUUAACAGUAUUGGCAGCUACUGGAUUAAUUCCCUAUUUUAGAUGAUGUGCCAAAUAACAUAGGCUGCGUUUACACUACAAGCAGGUACUUUGACAUAAAGGCAAAAUAAUGGUGAGCUGGAGGACUUCUUACUCCGAGUCCUGUAACUCUUAUUUUGCGAUAAAUAAGGGAAGAGUGCUCUACCUCAGACUUCCUGCUGUGUAGACAGCGCCAAAAGCCGAAAUAAGUUAUUUCAACAUAAGCUACACAAUUGACUUAGCUCAAGUUGUGUAGCUUAUUUCAGCUUCUCCCCUUCUGUGUAGAUGUGCCCUCACAAAGGUUGCUUUUGGAAACAUGCAAUCAAGUGAAAUUUGGUUCAUGUCAGAAUUGUAUUGAACCCAGAAAAGAAAACAGACUCUGAAUCCAAUCAGAGAGCAUCAUGUUCACCUGCUUCUAUAAUCACCAGAACAAGUCUAUCCUCUACUGCUUGGCCCAGUUGCAGUUUGCUUGAAAAAAUCACUCAAGUAACUUCAUAAAAUGGAAAUAUUCCAGAAGGUAAAUUAUUCAAACCAAGUAUGAUGACAUGUUGAGCAGCAUAUCUGUGGGAGACUUGAUUGCGAAGGAUUAUGUUUUUCACUCAACAUGCUACUCUUCCUACUUCAGUAAAACAAAUCUUAAAGCAAAGCCACCUCAUUGCACUGCAACAAUACAGUCACCUUAUGCCAUUGCAUUUUAUCAGCUGCUUGAAGCGAGGCUGGAGAUAAUGAUCUUGUGUAUAACAAGAAGUCUGUUCAAGCUCCUACAAAGUUAUAAAGCUCCAUUUCCCUCAGAUAACGCAACUACAAGCUACUCCAGAAGCAAAUUACAGCAAAAUGAGGAAAACACAAUGGUUCUGCAAUGUCAUUCAGUACACAGCAUGGGCAAAGCUAGCGUACCGUCAUUCUACACAGCGCAAACGCAUUAGCUGAUGCUAUGCAAGAUGCUAGUAAUCUGAAGCAGGAAGUUAAGUCAUCCAAAUGUGUUGUGGAUGUUCCUUUUGUGAGUAACCCUGGUGAGGAGCUUUCAGUUUUCAGAUGAACAAGGGCUUUUUUUCCCGCAACUUCAAUCUUUUAGUCUGAAAUUAACUAAAAUAGAACCUCUGAAAAUUGUCCAAAAUCACGUGCCUGAAAUUUACAGAAGUCUGCUUCUUUUAUGCUCUAGUUGUUGCAGGAAUUUACCUUUGGUUCAUUCUAAAGAGGCAUAUCAAUCAGCCAGCAAUAACUAUUAUCCUUCAAACGACAUUCAAAUAAGCUACCUCUCAAUUUUGGAGAGCAUAAUACUUAAUAGUUAAAAAAUUAUUGCACUUUUGUAUUUAAGCCUUGCUUUAGAGCUACGUCAUGAGUUUGGACUUCACAUUUUAGUUGACAUGCUACAUCUUCAUGGAUUCUGCCUCAGUUAUGACUGGCCGAGACAGGUGCAACACUAGCAUUGCAAAAACUGAAGCAGUCAGUCAUCAGGGAGACAUGUUCAUUCCCUUUGGAAUUGCCCCAUUUCAUGCUGGUGGAAAUCUCAGCCAUGAAGGAGAUCAUAACAUAUACAUCAACAUAAAGAUCAUUGAUGGAAAGGGAAGAGUGGAUUUUAAAGAACAAUCUGCAGCUAGUUAGGAUCACAAGAAACAUUACUGAUGACUGGGUAAGAAAAGUUACUUCCUCUCCUUGGACAAUCAGAGCGUGCAGUGUGCAGUAUUUGAAAAAUGUAGAACAUAUCCAGAACUGACUCGCCAUGGAAAAGUAUAUGAGAAAACAAACUGUUGUCAAAUGCUUUCCAAGAUUUCUCCUGGGCUAUGUCUAGACUGAAAGCCUCUUUCGAAAGAUACUUUCGAAAGAGCCUCUUUCGAA